AGUAUAAACAUGAACGACGGGCCUCUAACCACAUUCUAAAUCGAUAUCUUACAGUUUUAUUUAUUUACGUCGCUUAUUUGGCUUGAUUUGAGAUUAAUUGAUCAUUUUCUCACAUGUAAUCACUUUUUUACAUUAAUUAGGUAGGGUGGGUGUUUUGGGCUUACCAUUGCUGGUCAAAAGUUUGGAAACCUGGCCCUGGGUUAAAAACAAAAAUGGAGGAUACUUUAAAGGUGAAGAACGACUAUCCGUACGUAUGCCGGGUAUGUCUUACAGAAGAGGGCGAAUUUCAGUCGGUUUUCGUAGCCGACGAGAACAGUGGAGUAAAAAUUCACUUAGCCGAAAUGAUAAUGGCGUACACAUCAUUGCAGAUUACACUAGGAGAUGGGUUACCAGAACAUAUUUGUAUCGCUUGCGCUAACAAAGUCGUUCAUUUGUACCUCUUUAAGCAGCAGUGCGAAGAAUCGGAUGCUGUAUUACGCGAACAGCUGUGCAAAGCCGAAAGGAACACGUAUGCAAUUUCGGAAGAACAUAGAUUGACGGCCGAAGUUUUACAUAUCGACCCGGAUGUGCUGGAUGUAGUAAUUAAACCAGAGGCUAGCGCAAAUGAUGAACUUUUAGCAAAGGUGGAUAUUUCCACUGCGAGAUUGGAGAAUUAUACAGUAGCACUCGACAAAAAUGACAAUGGAUCUGAUGUGGAGGAAAUUGGAGAGAAGGCGGUUCACAUAUCUUGUGAUGUGUGCUUUAAAUCAUUCACACGUGUUAGCUAUUUAAACCGACAUAAGAAAGUGCACUCAAAUGUAAAGGAGUUCGUCUGUAAUGAGUGCAGUAAGAGUUUUAGUAGAAAUGAUUUACUAGUACGGCAUCAAGUUACGCAUAAUGUUAAGGUGGAGAACUACAAUUUGCCAUUUAUAAGUGAGGACGGUGGCCAAGAACAAUUUGGGGAAGAUCUCGAAUUUAAGUGGCAGUUUGUAAAGAAUGAGGAAAAUCUCAGCUCACAGAAUCACAAAUCUACAUCUUUGCAGUGCAACAUAUGUAAUAAGAAAUUUACUAAAACCUCCCAUUACACAAGGCAUUUGAAAAUACAUGCUAAAGUAAAAGCGUACUCCUGUCAAUUGUGUAAUAAGGGUUUUGCCAGAUCUGAACAACUUGUUAAUCAUAUGAAUGCGCAUUCGGGAGUUAAGCCGCAUGUCUGUAGUAUUUGUAAUAAAGGAUUUAAUCAAGUGUCCAACUUGAAAGAUCACAUGCGCACCCAUAAUGGGGAGAAGCCAUUCUUGUGUUCAAUUUGUGGCAAAGGCUUUAAUCAACUUGGAAAUUUGCGGCAACAUACGGUAAGGCACAGUGGCGUCAAAGCACACCUGUGCAGUACUUGCGGUAGCGGUUUUGCCAGCAAAGGUGAACUUUGUGCUCAUCUUCGAAAGCAUACAGGUGCACGUCCCUUUGUGUGUCCCAUUUGCAAUCAUGGCUUCACAACCUCAAGCAGCCUGACGAAACACAAACGAAUUCACUCGGGCGAAAAACCAUACGAAUGUGAUGUGUGCAAGAUGAAGUUUUCACGUUCGGGAAUAUUAGCGCGGCAUAAACGUACACAUACGGGGGAAAAGCCUUACGUCUGUAAAUAUUGUACAAAAGCUUUCUCACAGUCAAAUGAUCUUAGUUCACAUUUACGGAUUCAUACUGGAGAAAAGCCAUAUGUUUGUGAUACUUGCGGGAACUGUUUUAGACAAAGUUCUGCACUAAAAACGCAUAAGAAAACUCAUAUAGAUAAAACACAAAGUCUCGAAAUAGAUAAGUAUUGUACUUAUACCGAAAAUGCCUUCAUAACAAUUCCACAGUAGCUAUAAGAUUCAACAGAAAUUAUGCGCCAUGCGAGUAAUAGAUUAUUAGCAUUUUACCAUAAGUAUUUAAAGUUUUAAAUUUUAGACAUGUUGUUUUUAUUGUCACUCGGUCUCUGUGUUUUCCUUUAUAUUAUAUGUAAUGCAAUUUUACGCAUCGUCAAGUACAAAUGAAAAAUAUUUAUUUGUAAAUUAGUUUUACUUAUUAUCUUGAUCAAUAUUUUUAAGUUAGUAGAAUUUUGAUCAAUAAAAGUGUAUUUUGA